GCUUCGAUCCUGCUCUCUUCCCCUUCCGCUUUGCCUUUUCCCUUCCUCUCUCCCCUGUCCCCCUCCCUCCUCCGGCCCAGCCGAGCGAGAAAGCGAAGGGGAGAAAAGGCCCGCGCCGGCUUCCGUUCCUUCCCACCACCACCACACGGGGAGAGAUGGAGCUGUUCUACGAGCUGCUGCUCACGGCGGCGGUCACCCUCCUCGCCGCCUUCCUGCUCGCCACGCUCUUCGCCGCCAAUGAUCCGCCGCGCCGCGCGCGCGGGGCCGAUCGCGCUGCCGCCGCGAUCGCCGACCAGGUGGUGGACGAGGAGAGGAUCAUCGAGGUCGACGAGGUGAGGCGGAGCGAAGGGAGGGCGGCGGAGGCGGAGGGGUGGGUCGAGGCGGAGAAGGCGCCCGCGGUGGCCGUCGAGGAGGAGGUGGAGCCGGAGUGCCUGCCCGAGGGCGAGGGGGUCCCGGUCACGGCCGCUAGGGAGGUGAGCGUUGGUGCUGGAGUGGAGGAGGAGGGCGGUGACGUCGUGAAGCGGCGUGAUUUGACCCCAGCGGCUGCUGUUACGACGGCGGUUGCUGAGGUGACUGCGAGCCCGCAGGUGUCGGGCGCUGACGAGGCUGGCGCUGAGGAGGAAGGGAGCGUACAAGAUGUUGAAGUCAAGCAGCAUGAUCUGGGGGCUGAGGUUGCUCCCAUUGAAGUUCUCCAAGCAGGACCGGAGAAACAGAGAGUGGAAGUUGUUGAAGUCGCGGAAGUCUUUCCCUUGGAAACAGAGGCCGUUGAAGUGAAACAUCACCAUCUGGCUGCCGAAGUUGCUCCUGCUGAAGAUGUUCUUGAUGCAGGAUUGGUGGGUAAGAGUGUGCAAGCUCUUGAAGUGAGUCCGGAUGAAUUGGGUUCUGAGACUGCUCCCAAAGAGAUUAUUGACGUGGCACUAGAGAAGAAGGAAGCGCAAGUAGUUGAAGUGAAGGAGCACGAAUUGCCUGUGGAGGCUGCUCCACAACCAUUUCUCGAUGUACCAUUGGCAGAGAAGGAAGAGCUUAAAGAUCCUCAACCCGUUGAAGAAGCUGUCAACGUCCACGAGGAUGUGCAGAGCAAGGAGGAACCUAAAUGCGAGGCCCAUCCAAUUGAUCAACAAGAAGAACUGGUUCCUGAAGAGGAGUCGGUGGCAAGGAAAACUAAUGAUGUGAAUGUUAGCCACGAAGGCAGCUCCAGUGAUAAAGUGGUCACUGAGUUGCCUGUGGAGUCAGUGACAUUGCCAAACCUGCCGGAGGGAGAUGCUGAAUCAAACAUGGACUUUGAGGAGUGGGAAGGGAUUGAGAGGAGUGAAGUGGAGAAGAGAUUUGGUGCAGCUGCAGCAUUUGCUGCUAGUGGGGCUGGAUCAGCUGCCCUGUCGAAGCUUGAUAGUGACGUGCAACUGCAGCUUCAAGGGCUCCUCAAGGUUGCCAUUGACGGUCCCUGUUAUGACUCUGCUCAGCCACUUACACUGAGGCCUUCAUCUCGCGCAAAGUGGAUCGCUUGGCAGAAAUUAGGAAACAUGCAUCCUGAGAUUGCUAUGGAGAAAUACAUGACUCUUUUAUCGGAAACAAUUCCAGGGUGGAUGGGGAAUGAAACCUCGGACACAAAGAAACAUGACGCUGGCAGUCUAUCUGCAGAGACUAUAUUAACCAUGACUGCUACUAGUGUUCAACAGAGCAAUCAAGGGAAUGAAGAAAGUACUAGCAUAGAUGAAGGAACUUACCGUAACCCAGAGGGAGGCCAGAGCUCUGAUGUCCCUGCUGAAUGAAGACAACACUCAUCAAAUAUUCUUGCAUCAAUGAGUCCAGCCCAUUGCUGAGAUCUUUGAUGCCUUCCUCAUAAGAUUAGAUCUGUACAGUUGUGGUGGUUGUGCUAAUACUAGUGCUAUGAUGAUGUUGGUUCGUGUAUAUAUAUGACUGUAUAUAUCCGUAACUACUGCUGCCUGUAUAUUUGGCCGUUUGCAACAGACUUGUCAUCGGUUGUAGUCGAUAUUAACGUUACCCCUGGUAACUGGUAAGUGGUAAUUAUAUUUGUUACCACGUACUAGUAGUUUGGAACGAAGAAUUUAAUCGGUUCAGGUAAGACUGUAUCUCAUUCAGAA